UUCACUCGAACGGACAUGUUUUCCUAAAUCAAGUGUAACGUUAUUGUUGAUGUCUUAAUGCAGAAAAUGGUUUGGUAUUUCACACAGUUUGAGAGUAGAGUCCGCUAAAGAUCCCCAGCAAUGGAUAUGACAGUAAACAGCACUACUUUAGUUACGGAACCUGUGAGCGAAGGGAAUGGUAAAUUACUGGAUGCACCACUUGCGUCGGGCAGCACAGCAACGCUGUCUUUAACAGACAAAAAGCUCGUUUGUGUGGAGUAUCCUGGUUUUGUUAUUAGUGUGGAUAACAUGCUGGACAGCGUUGGAGGUGAACAAGCACUGACCAAGACAUAUGCGGAUUCAUCCAAACGGCUUGAGCUACGGUUCCGCCCCAAAGAUCCGUACUGUCACCCUGUUUGUGGGAACCGCUAUUCCUCCAACAACCUGCUCCUCCGAGUGUGUCGCAGGAAGCGCAAAGGGAGUAGCGGCGAAGCUCACAUCACCAUGGAGAUCCUCGGCCUCAUUGGGACCACGUAUAAAUUUCAAGGAAUGGCAGAUUUUCAGUACCUUGCCAUGCACAAUGAGCCAGAUGGCUCCAAGGUCUCUUUGUAUGACAAGGUGAUUUUGCGCAAACCUGAGAAGAAGGAAUUCUUUGACCUUUCCGUGCCACUGUUUCUCCCACCUCCACUCUUCUCUCGACUGGAUGGGCCUGUGGAUUACUUCUAUCGGCCAGACAGCAUGCACAGGGAAGGAAACAUGCAGUCAUUGCUCUUAAAUGAGAACCUCAUUGGUCCAAACCGAGCCAGGAGGCCACACAAUGCCAUUUUUGUUAAUUUUGAUGAGAAGAGUAUUCCAACAGAACCCCUAGAGGCUGCCAAGAUUAACUGGAAGAAGAAUUCUAUCCACCACAGUGAUAUUAAGGCAGAGGAAGAAAUGAGAAAGCUGUUUGAGAGACGGCCCAUAUGGUCCCGCAAUGCUGUCAAAGCGAACGUGGACAUCCACCCAGAGAAGCUGAAAUUGCUGCUUCCUUACCUGGCCUACUACAUGUUGACUGGGCCAUGGAGAAGUCUUUGGGUAAGAUUUGGAUAUGAUCCUCGAACGAACCCAGAGGCUAAAAUCUACCAGGUUCUCGACUUCCGGAUCCGCUGUGGUAUGAAACAUGGAUAUGGUGUCAAUGACAUGCCAGUUAAGGCUAAAAGAAGUGCCUACCACUACUGUCUCCCAACCACUGUCAACAAAGCAGUUCCCCAGCCAGCCAGUCUAAAGGAAUUCACCCAAGAUGGUACUUCACCCUCAAGCGCCAAACCCUCUUCAUUACGAUACAUUCUCAAGGAGUCUGCUUAUGUAUUCCGUGAGGGAAUGUUGCCUCCCUACAGACAGAUGUUAUAUCAGCUGUGUGAUCUGGACGUGGAGCAAAUAAAGGGCAUUAUCCAAAGGAAUGAUGGGAAGGAGGAAGUGUGUGAUGAGAGGGACGGUUGGUGUUUGCCCCAGACUGCAGAUGAUCUCAGGGACAUCAUCUCCUCCAUGAUCACCCAGGUCGUGCGAGCCAAGAGACCUGCAUCAUCUUCCCCAAAGCUGAAGCCAGUGAGGGCUGGACGCAAGAUGGAAGAAAGUGAUGAAGAUGACGAAGAAGAAUAUGAUGAUGAAUACAAGCCCUCCGAAGGGAGUGAAAAUGAAAUGGAGACAGAAAUGCUUGAUUAUAUGUAAACCUGUUCUGGAAUUCUGGAACAGGACCAGGAACGUGUACAUGUGCAGAACAUCAGUGCACCAGCUCAAACUGUAUUUUUAACAUCUUUGUGAAAUAAAUGCUUUCUCAGCAAUUCAAA